UCCCCAGCUGGUCCUGGCUCUCUCCCUCUCUCCUCUGCCCCAAAGCGAAGCUCCAGGACUCUUGUCCGACUCUGGUCCUGCCUCCCCGGACAGCCUCAGCCACCGCCGACUCAGUUCUCCUCAGGCUGGGAGACCCGGGACCCAGGCACCAGAACACACAAGAGGGCUCGCUCUCUGACACAGAUGGAGACGCAGUACAAGAUACUCUUCCUGCAGAAAGGGCUGGAGAUGCUCAGUGAUUACCAGUUCCGAACAGUCAAGUCCUUACUGGCCACGCCUCUCAGACUGACACCCAAAAUGCAGGAGGAUUAUGACAGAAUCCAGAUUGCAAAUCGAAUGUUUGCCCGGUUCUCGGGUAUUAAAUGUGUGAUCAUGCUCAUCGAGGCUAUUAAAGGCGACAGAGAACUGGAGGGUCUUGUCAAGUCCUUGCAGCGACAGGUGCGGGAAGUGAGUAGGAGACUCACAGCGGGAGCAGCAGCAGCACCAAAGAGAAAGAAGCAGAUGGACAGGAUGGGCCCCUCAGCACCUGCAUGCAGCUCCGGUGGCCCAGGAGAAACUCAAGGAGCUGCAGAGGCACCCGGGGCCCAGAAAAGGAAGAGGUGCGCUCAAAAACAAGGCGAGCCCCAGAGGAGCACAGCACACUGCACCCCCGAGCACCCUCUUCUUGUGACUGGAGCACAGCCCUGCACCCUCGGGAGCCCCCCGUCACCAGCCUCUGCCCCUGGAGUACAGCCCUGCUCUCCCGGGAGCCCCCCGUCACCAGCCUCUGCCCCAGAUCUGUCCUCGACUGUCUCAGCCCAGGUGCUUUCUGGCCCCUGCCCAGAUACUGAAGUCACGACUGGAAAUCCAGACCCAGUGGCCCUGACAUGAAGUGAACUCGUUCUCCAAAUGAGAGUCACUGACAGGAGAGCUUUCUCCAGCAGGGCCCGGGUGCCAGGA